AGUCAUUGGAGGAAGCUAGUAUAUGAUACUUGCUUAGUCUCUCAGCUCUCACUCACUCGCAUCUAAUCUAAGAUCUAACUAACUUCCGAUACUCCAUUUGACUUUCUCAUUUUCCACCGCCGGAAAAAUGGGUGGCGCUUCUCCGACGACGGUGGACGAGUUCCUGCAACAGUGCAAACAAUCCGGCGACGCCGCAUACGCCGCCUUACGAUCUCUCCUGGAGCGCCUCGACAAUCCGCAAACCCGUUCCCAGGCUAGGAUCUUCCUCUCCCAACUCCAGAAGCGUUUCCCGACCAAGGAGUCCUGCGAUCAAUGCUUCCAAACCUACCAUUUUCGCAUCGAAGAUGUUCAGUUGGAUCACUACGAAGGGUACCAAGGGAGGAAGAAAUUGACCAUGAUGGUGAUUCCUAGCAUUUUUCUCCCUGAGGAUUGGUCCUUUACUUUCUAUGAAGGGAUUAAUAGGAACACUGAUUCCAUUUUCAAGGAUAGGACUGUUGCUGAGUUAGGUUGUGGAAAUGGGUGGAUUUCUAUUGCCAUAGCUGAGAAGUGGUUACCAUCCAAGGUUUAUGGUCUUGAUAUCAAUCCUAGGGCAGUGAAGAUUUCUUGGAUAAACUUGUACUUGAAUGCUUUGGAUGAAAAUGGGCAGCUUGUCUAUGAUGAGGAGAAGAAAACUUUGCUGGACAGGGUAGAGUUCUAUGAAUCUGAUCUUCUAUCCUAUUGCAGAGAAAAAGACAUUCAACUUGACAGAAUUGUAGGAUGCAUACCUCAGAUUCUUAAUCCAAAUCCAGAUGCAAUGUCCAAGAUGAUAACAGAAAAUGCCAGUGAGGAAUUCCUUCAUUCUCUGAGUAAUUAUUGUGCACUUCAGGGUUUUGUGGAGGAUCAGUUUGGCUUGGGUUUAAUUGCAAGGGCAGUUGAAGAGGGGAUAACAGUAAUCAAACCAGCUGGAAUUAUGAUCUUUAAUAUGGGAGGCCGCCCAGGUCAAGGUGUUUGCAGACGAUUGUUUGAACGUCGGGGUUUUCGCAUUACAAAGCUUUGGCAAACUAAAAUCCUUCAGGCAAGUGACACAGAUAUUGCAGCCUUAGUUGAGAUUGAGAAAAACAGCCCACACCGUUUUGAGUUCUUUAUGGGACUUUCUGGAGAUCAGCCUAUUUGUGCAAGGACAGCAUGGGCUUAUGGAAAAUCUGGUGGCAGCAUUUCCCAUGCUUUAUCAGUUUACAGUUGUCAACUUCGUCAACCUAACCAGGUUAAGGUUAUAUUUGAGUUUCUAAAAAAUGGAUUUCAAGAGAUUAGCAGUUCUCUAGACUUGUCUUUUGAGGAUGAUUCUGUAGCUGAUGAGAAGAUUCCUUUCCUUGCUUAUCUUGCAAGCACUCUAAAAAACAAUUCUCAUUUCCCGUAUGAGCCACCAGCUGGAAGCAAACGUUUCCGCAAUCUCAUUGCAGGAUUUUUGAAGACUUAUCACCACAUUCCACUCACUGCCGAUAAUGUUGUUAUUUUUCCCUCAAGGACUGCAGCAAUUGAGAAUGCUCUUCGCUUGUUUACACCUCGCCUUGCAAUUGUGGAUGAACAUUUGACUCGAUACCUACCUAGGAAGUGGUUAACAUCUUUGGCACUUGAGAGCACUGGAACUGUUGACUCUUUAGAUGAUACAAUUACUGUAAUUGAAGCCCCUCGGCAAUCAGACUUGAUGAUAGAACUAAUAAAGAAAUUGAAGCCUCAAGUGGUGGUGACUGGGAUUGCUCAUUUUGAGUCUGUUACUAGUUCAGCUUUUGUGCACCUCCUAGAUACAACACGAGAGGUUGGAUCUCGUCUUUUCUUGGACAUAUCAGAUCAAUUUGAGCUAUCCAGCCUUCCAGGAUCAAAUGGGGUCCUGAAGUAUCUGUCAGGAACUCAUCUGCCCUCUCAUGCGGCAAUCAUAUGUGGACUGGUAAAGAACAAGGUUUAUCCAGAUUUAGAAGUAGCUUUUGUUAUUUCAGAAGACACAUCCCUCUUUAACGCCUUGACCAAAACUGUUGAAUUAUUAGAAGGCAAUACUGCACUAAUUAGUCAGUACUACUAUGGCUGUAUAUUUCAUGAGCUUCUUGCUUUUCAGCUUGCUGGCCGACAUACACAUGCUGAGAGGAAAUGCGAAAAUGUCCAAUCAGAUGAUAUGAUAGGUUUUUCUAAAUCAGCCUUAUCCGUCCUUAAUGAUGCAGAGCUAUCUAUUGAUGGGGUAGAGAAUGGGUCCCUCAUCCACAUGGAUGUUGAUCAGAUCUUCUUGCCAGUUCCAUCUCUUGUUAAGGCUGCUAUUUUUGAAAGUUUUGCUAGACAAAACAUGUCUGAGUCUGAAACUGAUGUCACUGCCAGCAUCAAAGAAUUUGUUAAGAGCAACUAUGCUUUUCCAACCGAUAGCAACAUGGAAUUUAUAUAUGCUGACAAUUCAAAAACUCUUUUCAAUAAGCUGGUCCUUUGCUGCAUCAAAGAAGGUGGAACCCUCUGUUUUCCAGCUGGAUCAAAUGGGAACUAUGUAUCUUCUGCCAGAUUUUUGAAAGCGGAGACAGUGAUAGUCCCUACUGAUGUCAAUGUUGGUUUUAAGUUCACAGAAAAGACACUCACUGGAGUCCUUGGGACUGUGAAAAACCCAUGGGUGUAUAUAUCUGGUCCUACAGCCAAUCCGACUGGCUCAGUUUAUAGCAACAAAGAGAUAGGAGAGAUUUUAAGCAUUUGUGCUAAAUUUGGUGCAAGAGUUAUAAUUGAUACUUCAUCCUCGGGUUUGGAAUUUGACUGUGAGGGCUGGGGUGGCUGGGAUUUAGAGGGGUGUUUGGCUAAGCUGAAUUCUCCGUUGAAGCCAUCAUUCUGUGUGUCUCUUCUUGGAGGAUUGUCUCUGAAGAUGCUCUGUGGUGUUCUCAGAUUUGGGUUUCUUAUUCUAAACCAGCCGGUAUUGGUUGAGACAUUUUAUAGUUGUCAAGGUUUAAGCAAACCUCAUAGUACUGUUAGAUAUGCUACGAGGAAGUUGCUGGAGCUCAGAGCGCAGAAACCAUCAAUCCUAUCAGAUGCUAUUGUUGAACACAUUAGGACAUUGAAAAGUAGGUCCAAGUGCUUGAAAGAGGUACUUGAGAAAAGCGGCUGGGAAGUACUUGAAUCGUGGUCUGGUGUUUCUGUUGUGGCCAAACCUUCUGCCUAUCUCAACAAGACUGUUAAGCUAAAGAUUCCACCAAAAGGUGAAGGCAGUCAAGGAAAUGCUACUAAGGAAAUAAAGCUUGACGACUCUAAUAUUAGGAAUGCCAUUCUUAACGCCACUGGUUUAUGCAUCAACAGUGGCUCCUGGACGGGAAUUCCUGGGUACUGUCGUUUCAAUAUUGCGCUUGAAGAAAAUGAUUUCAAAAAGGCAUUGGAUUGUAUACAAAAAUUCAAAGAAGUCGCACUAAAUUGAAACUUAUGUCAUGCGUUCACAGAUUUUGUUCUUUAAUAACACGCCUGGGGGAGCAGCAAUGCUUUGCAAUGUGAACUUUCUCAGUUCAAGUCAAAUUGAACUUGUUUCCUCUACCUGUAUUUUACAUUUCUGAAAGUAACUUGUUUUUCCCCUGUAUUUUUACCCAAUAUAUAAAAAGGUUGUGUGGAA